CUCGUCCAAUCGCCUCGAAUACUCUUUACGAGACCCUGGGGCUUGUUUGGUUCAAGGUUCUGACUGGGCCACGAUGCGGUCCUCGCGGCGAGGGUAAAUGGCUCAAAGUAGGUGGCUUAGAAGGGGACGUGGUGGCUGAUACAUCCGGGGGUGCGGGACGACCACGCAAAGGAGAUGGGUUUAUAGAUGGGUGGGUUCCUUGCGUUGUAUUCGAUAGCACCUUCUUUGUACUAUAUCGAAAAGUUGUAAGAUGUUCAGGCUGCCAAACUACUCUGCACCGCGUGGUGAAAGCAUUGCGCUUUCGCCAUACCCCACCACACCCAAGAGCAAUGUCUACGCCGAAGAGAAGGACCCUUUCGAUGCUCUGCGAAGAGCGAGUGCGACGAGCGAAGAGACAUACUCAGACGAAGCUUUAUCGCCUACCAGCACAUGGUCGAAUUCCACACGCCCGAAUAGCAGCCCUUCUCCCUACACUCCGGAAACCCCUGUACCACGAGUAAUAGCACCAACCCGUCGUCAAAUGAUCAAAUCAAAGACCUUUCCAGCUUCUGAACGCAUCUCACGAUCUACUGCAACCACAUCAGAAAGGCUGAAAAGCAUACUCCCAGACCUACUACCUCUGGACGAUCAAUCAAAAACACUAAGGCUCCAAGCCCCCUUUAUAUACGAGACACAAUCACAAAACCUACCACAAUACCAACUACAAAAAACCCUAGACCGAAGCAGCGGCCCAUCAACCCUCCUCAACAUCCGCCGCAUACAACCGCACGAAACGAGGCCCUGUUCCGUGCCUGCAAUCUACGCAGCGCAAGAUCGGCGCAUACGCUACGAUGAAGAGGGGACGUUGUACACGAUUUCUGACUUCGACAUGAAGGGACGGGCCGAAAAUGCGUUGAGGGGUAGCAUCCAGCUUACGAGUGGAAAGACGCUGUGGGGCGGGCAGUGGACGCGCAUCUGGCACGUCACCAGGUGCCGGGCGCGGCAUUCUCGGUGUGACUACAGGGGCAGUUGCGAGCCGGAGAAGCAUCUUUUGUUCUGCAUCAAAAAGGGCGUAUGGGAGGAUGCGGAGGGCGUAGUUGUUGGGCGGGAAGAGAGUAGGAGGGUGGGGAGUUGGGGUUGGGAUGGGCUGGCUACUAGGUGGAAUGGGGUAGGGUCAGAGAGGGAAAGUAGGGCGCUGGAGAUGACGGAUGCAGUCCGAAGGGACCAGAGGAAGAGCGAUCUGCUGGUUGCGUGUUGGGUGAUGAGGUUGUGGAUGGCAGGCGAGUUUGUGUGGGAUGACGAGUAGGGGACAGGUAAUCACAUAGUGAUGUGACUAAAGUUUAUUGACAAGCAGAGGCCGACAUUGACAGUGAUGAUUGUCCCAGCAGGCGACUGCUGACCAUGGUGAAGGGGGUGAGAUGGCUGUACAUAGUUGUUAGCAGAGAGAAAUGAUGUAUCGAAGCCCAACCGU